AUGGCAGCCAACCGUGAUCUCCAGUCUGACAUAUUCUCAAGUCCAUCGACGCAAACUCCAUUCCCCUCUCUAUCCCCGAAAGCCCCACCAACGGCGCUCCUCCGCGAUGCCCUCAACAUAGAAUCCUCGACCCAGGACAAUUGCUCAGGUCUCCCUCAAGGAAUCAACCGCCUGCUGUCUACACAAAUCUCCGAACCGGCUCAAGAGGAGCCCGUAGGCUCGUCGCCUUCCACAAAGAUACGGUCAUCUCGCCGGAAGUCAAUAAAUCGCCGAUCGAAGAAAGCAUUGUCGACCGACUGUAUACCACGACAGACAAUUUUGAAGGCGCUGGCCUCUCGCGCUUCGAUUCUUAGCAAUAAUCCCAAUAUGUCGGCGAAUCCCUUAUCGAGUACGCUCAAUAAAUCCACCCAGGUUUCCCCGCCUUCCGACAACCUACACCGGCGGAGUAAUGGUUCCUCCCACAAUCUUACCACUGCGCUAUCAAAUCUUCAAUUGAGCGGCUAUCUCGAUCGAUCGCCGGCCACGGCACGUCUGAUCUUGCAAUCGCCAUGUUAUUUCCACCAACGCUUUGAUGAUGCUGUCAACAUAAAAAAGGUGUUGGAGGAAAUCGCCGAUGACGAGUGGUUGUCACAUUCGCGGCUUGUUCAGACGGCAACUGGAGUUCGUGAGGUGUCGAAGCAACUACAGCGACGACCUAUCAAACGGGCGGUGCGAAAUGUCAUGAUUGUCACCAAGGCACGUGAUAACAGCCUGGUGCACUUGACCCGGGAAGUUGCCGAGUGGUUGCUUUCGACAUCAAGAUACGGAAGUGACUUAGGAAUCAAUGUCUAUGUAGAUGCGAAGCUGCGAAAUUCGAAACGAUUUGAUGCUCCGGGGCUCUUGCAAAAACACCCGAUGUUUGCGCAGAUGUUACAUUUUUGGACCCCGGAUCUGUGCUGGACAUCGCCAGACAAGUUCGACUUGGUAUUGACCCUUGGGGGUGACGGUACCGUUCUUUUCACAUCUUGGCUCUUUCAGCGUGUGGUUCCGCCUGUGCUCUGCUUUUCGCUAGGCAGCCUGGGCUUCCUCACAAAUUUCGAGUUUUCCGACUACAAAUCACAGCUUAAUGCUGUUAUGGGCGAGGUAGGCAUGCGCGUCAAUUUGCGCAUGCGAUUCACAUGUACCGUCUAUCGGAAAGAUAGGAGCAAAGGAGCAGAGGCGGGCGCUGUCGAGGAGGGGGAGCAGUUUGAAGUAUUGAAUGAGCUCGUCAUCGACCGCGGCCCGUCCCCUUAUGUGUCGAACCUGGAGCUCUACGCCGACGACGAGCUACUGACAGUCGUCCAAGCCGACGGCUGUAUCUUCUCCACACCGACCGGUUCCACAGCAUACUCCCUAUCCGCCGGCGGUUCUCUUAUGCACCCGUCCAUCCCGGGCAUCCUCCUCACCCCCAUAUGCCCACACACCCUCUCGUUCCGCCCAAUGGUCCUCUCAGAUUCCCACCUCCUCCGUAUUGCAGUCCCUAAAUCCUCCCGAUCCACCGCUUACUGCUCCUUUGAUGGCAAAGGCCGCGUCGAACUCCGCCAAGGCGACUACGUCACUGUCGAAGCUAGCCAGUACCCAUUCCCGACAGUCGUCGCCAACAAUAACGAAUGGUUCACAAGCGUACAGCGUGCUCUGCGCUGGAAUACCCGCGGAGCGGUCCAAAGGGGCUGGGAUGGCGGCGAUGCGGACGUAGAUCUGAACAGCGAUCCCAAUGAAGACGAACAGUGGGACAUCGAUAUGGACAACACCCUCGCUGGAACAGAUAGCGGCAUCGGUCCCAGUGAAGAUGGAGAUUCUCUGUCGCCCAACCCCAUGCGUCGGCAAAUGAGCUUGCUCAAUAUGUGA